UCUUCUUGUAGGACGCUGGAUGACAUGCCCCAUGAGAUGGCCCUCUACCUCCUGUAGCUUCCGGUCUUUUUGAGUUCAGCUGCCGAUGUUUGUUCACCAUGAGCGGUCUAGGUGAAAACUCCCUGGAUCCUAUGUCUGCUGAUUCCAGGAAGAGGAAGCCAUCGUUGUGUGACACUCCAGGCCCCAGCCUGACCUGCAGCGGGGAGAAGAGAAGACGUGAGCAGGAGAGCAAAUACAUCGAAGAGCUGGCCGAGCUGAUCUCAGCCAAUCUCAGCGACAUCGACAACUUCAAUGUCAAACCUGACAAAUGCGCCAUCCUAAAAGAGACCGUCAGGCAGAUCCGUCAGAUUAAAGAACAAGGAAAGGCUUCCUCCAAUGACGACGAUGUCCAGAAGGCAGACGUGUCGUCCACAGGGCAGGGGGUGAUCGAUAAAGAUUCUUUGGGGCCCCUUCUACUACAGGCUCUGGACGGAUUCCUGUUUGUGGUGAACCGGGAAGGCAGCAUUGUGUUCGUAUCGGAGAACGUCACGCAGUACUUGCAGUACAAGCAGGAGGAUCUGGUCAACACCAGCGUGUACACCAUCCUGCAUGAGGACGACCGCAAGGACUUCCUCAAGAACCUCCCCAAAUCCACAGUUAACGGGGUGCCGUGGUCGAAUGAGACCCCCAGACAAAAGAGUCACACCUUCAACUGUCGCAUGUUGGUGAAGAUGCCUAUGGACCACCUGGAAGACGGAGGCGGCGGUAUGGACCCGCGGCAGAGAUACGAGACCAUGCAGUGCUUCGCCUUAUCGCAGCCACGUGCCAUGAUGGAGGAGGGGGAAGACCUGCAAUCCUGCAUGAUUUGUGUGGCCAGACGCUUCACAACCAUAGAGAGAGGCUUCGCCGCCAACCCAGAGAGCUUCAUUACCCGGCAUGACCUUUCAGGCAAAGUGGUAAAUAUCGACCCCAACUCCCUACGGAACUCAAUGAGGCCGGGCUUCGAGGACACGAUCCGCCGGUGUAUCCAGAGGUUCCUGUGUCACAGCGACGGGCAGCAGUGGACCUCCAAACGCCACUAUCAGGAAGCGUACGUCCACGGUCACUCCGAGACACCGCUGUACAGGUUCUCUUUGGCGGAUGGCACUAUGGUAACGGCGCAGACCAAAAGCAAGUUGUUCCGCAACCCCGUCACCAACGAUCCUCAUGGCUUUGUCUCUACUCACUUCCUACAACGAGAGCAAAAUGGCUACCGACCCAACCCAAAUCCCAUGUCUCAAGGCCCCAUGCCUCAAGGCCCCAUGUCUCAAGGCCCCAUGUCUCAAGGCCCCAUGUCUCAAGGCCCCAUGUCUCAAGGACAUAUGCCUCAAGGCCCCAUGUCUCAAGGACAUAUGCCUCAAGGCCACAUGUCUCAAGGCCCCAUGUCUCCACGACCUAUGUCUCAAGGCCCCAUGUCUCCACGACCAAUGCCUCAAGGACCUAUGUCUCAAGGCCACAUGUCUCAAGGACCUAUGCCUCAAGGCCCCAUGUCUCCACGACCUAUGCCUCAAGGACCUAUGUCUCAAGGCCACAUGUCUCAAGGACCUAUGUCUCAAGGCCCCAUGUCUCCACGACCUAUGCCUCAAGGACCUAUGUCUCAAGGCCACAUGUCUCAAGGACCUAUGUCUCAAGGACCUAUGUCUCAAGGCCCCAUGUCUCAAGGCCCUAUGUCUCCACGACCUAUGUCUCAAGGCCACAUGUCACAAGGUCCUAUGUCUCAAGGCCCCAUGUCUCCACGACCUAUGUCUCAAGGCCCUAUGUCUCAAGGCCACAUGUCACAAGGUCCCAUGUCACAAGGUCCUAUGUCUCAAGGCCCCAUGUCUCCACGACCUAUGUCUCAAGGUCCCAUGUCUCAAGGUCCUAUGUCUCAAGGCCCCAUGUCUCCACGACCUAUGUCUCAAGGCCUCAUGUCACAAGGUCCUAUGUCCCAAGGCCCCAUGUCUCCACGACCUAUGUCUCAAGGCCUCAUGUCACAAGGUCCUAUGUCACAAGGUCCUAUGUCCCAAGGCCCCAUGUCUCCACGACCUAUGUCUCAAGGCCUCAUGUCUCAAGGCCCCAUGUCUCCACGACCCAUGUCGCAAGGUCCCAUGUCCCAAGGGCCCAUGUCACAAGGUGUGCGCCCUCCUUUGCCUCAUCCUAAUCCCAACAACACCAUGAAUGUCUCGCCUGCACAGGCCAUGCCGCCACAGAACAGAAACUACGGCAUGGGAGAGCCCAACAACAUGGGGCAAAUGCCUGGCAUGAGAUACGGCUCCACCGGCAACAUGGGUCCAUCGCAACAGGGUCAGGGAAUGCAGCAAUCGCCAUAUCAGAACAACAACAACAACAACUAUGGCAUCGCCAUGGGCAGUCCGCCGCAUGGCAGCCCCAGCAUGAGCAGCAGCCAGCCUGGUCUGAUGGUGUCUCCCCGGAAUAGAGGGAGCCCCAAGAUGGGUUCCAGCCAGUUCUCCCCCAUUCCAGGAGUGAACUCUCCGAUGGGGUCAUCUGGGAACGCAGGAGGAGGAGGAGGAGGGAGUUUUUCGAGCAGCUCACUCAGCGCCCUUCACGCAAUCAGCGAAGGAGUUGGCAGUUCUCUUUUGUCAUCCUUGUCCUCGCCUGGUCAGAAAUCGGAGAACGCCCCUAAUAUGAACAUGCCACAGCAAUCUAAAAUGCCCUCGGAGUGUAAGAGUCCGGCGGGGAUGUUUUGUGAACAGGGACAAGUGGAGAGUUCUGUCUGUCAGUCCAGCGGGAGGGAGCACAUGGGGGAGAAGGACAGUAAAGAAAACAUUGUUGAAGGCCCUGACAGCCAGCGGGCCCAAGUAGAAAGUAAAGGUCACAAGAAGCUCCUGCAGUUAUUGACGUGUCCUACCGAGGAACGUGGUCAUAGCACCAUGACCAACUCUUCCAUGGACUCUGGCUGCAAAGAUUCCUCCAGCAACGUCACCAGCCCCUCCAGCGUGUCGUCCUCUACUUCCACCGGCGUCAGCUCCACGUCAAAUCUGCACGGCUCCAUGCUGCAGGAGAAGCACCGCAUCCUUCACAAGUUGUUACAGAACGGCAAUUCCCCCGCCGAGGUCGCCAAGAUCACCGCCGAAGCCACCGGCAAGGACAGUUUCCAAGAGUCGGUCAGCUCCGCCCCUUCCACGGAGCCAACAAUAAAGCAGGAACAGAUGAGCCCGAAGAAGAAGGAGAACAAUGCGCUUCUGCGAUACCUGCUGGACAAGGACGAGGGCAAGGAUCAGAAGGACAUUAAACCCAAAGUAGAACCCAUGGACAGCAAAAUGGGCCAGUGCAGCAGUUCCUCUGUUUCCACAUCCAGCCAGGACAGCAAGGAUAAUAUUAAGAUCAAGACUGAGCCCGCUGAGGAGGUGACCGGAGACUUGGACAACUUGGACGCAAUUCUCGGUGACCUCGCAGGCUCAGACUUCUACACCAACCCUAUGAGCUCCAGUACGGCAAACAUGAGGGCUAAAACGCCGGUGUACCCGGACACGUCCCCCAUGGGUAUGAGGAGCCCUCAGAAUGUUCAGGUGAAUCGGCCGCCCUUCAAUCGAGCCAUGUCAUUGGACAGCACUAUGCAGGGUAACUCCACCCCUCCGGUCCGGAACAUGGUUAACUUUCCAGUGAUGGCAAAGCAGGGCAUGAUGGGAAGUCCGAGGAUGAUGGACGGCCAGGAUAGUUAUGUGAUGCUGGGGAAUGGAGCCAACAGAGGGAUGAACCAGCACCCGGGCGGAGAGUGGGCCUUGCAGAACUCUGCCGUGAACCAGAUGGAGCCCUCCAGCACGGGGCCGGGUGGGAGACAAGGACCGGAAUAUAAUUCCUCCAUGCCGAGACCUGCUAUGAGCGCAAGUAUGCCGGGACAUCCAGGAAGAUCCAACAGCAUGCCAGGGAACCGGCCGGGGCUGCAACAGCAGAUGAUGGCCAUGAGGCCGAAUGAGAUGUCCAUGGGCAUGGGAUCCAGCCCGUAUGGUCAGCAAGCACCUUCAAACCCUGCGGGCUCCUGGCCGGACAGUAUAAUGGCCAUGGAGCAGGGGCCGAAUGGAUCUCAGAACAGGAUCUCUCUGCCGACCUCGUCUUCCAGGCAGCUUGGAAGGACUUCUCUGGAUGAUCUCCUUUGUCCUCCGUCCACCGUGGAAGGGCAAACCGACGAAAUCGCUCUCCUGGACCAACUCCACACCCUUCUGAGCAACACGGAUGCAACUGGGUUGGAGGAAAUCGAUCGGGCCCUGGGGAUCCCUGAGCUUGUUAAUCAGGGCCAGGCUAUGGACUCCCAAUCGGAUUCCUUCCAGAGGCAAGGCUCCCCGGUGCUGAUGGACCAGAAGCCCCCCAUGUAUGGGCAGCAGUAUGCAGGACAGGGGUCCGCCAUGCAGGCCGGCGGCUUCAGCAGCAUGCAGGGCCAGCACCCUCAGUUCAACUCUAUGAUGGGCCAGAUGGGGCAGCAGCAAGGAAAUUUCCAAAUGCAAGGAAUGCACCCGAGGGCCACGCUCAUGAGGCCCCGGACCAACAUCCCCAAACAGCUAAGGAUGCAGCUACAGCAGAGGCUCCAAGGCCAGCAGUUCAUGAACCAAAGCCGACAAGCAAUUGAGAUUAAGGUAGAAGGUAUGAGCGCGGGCGGCGCUGGGGUUAUGCGGCCCGGGAUGCAGAUGCCUGUUCCCUCACAGUGGGCAGAAAGAAAAGCCCUGAAAAGGCACCUCUGGCGUGGAGACAACGCACUGUUUUGCACUAUCAAUGAGCUACAAGUUCCUCAGUUUGUCACGUCACCCACCAUAACCUGGCAUGACACGGACUCCACUAGACCCCUGAAGCAGGGAUUUCUGAACGCGCAAAUGGUCGCUCAGAGGAACCGGGAGCUCCUCAGCCACCAGAUCCGCCAGCAGAGGAUGGCCUUGAUUAUGCAACAGGGGCAAGCGCAGGGCUUCAGCCCUCCCCCCAAUGUGACGGCUUCUGCCAGUAUGGAGAACCCCCUGGCUGGACCUCAAAUGCCUCAGGCUCCUCCCCAGCAGUUCUCCUACCCACCUAACUAUGGAAUGAAUCAGCAAGCCGAUCCCAACUUUGCAAGAGUUUCCAGCCCUCCGAACCCCAUGAUGACGUCUCGUAUGCCCCCUACACAGAACCCCCACCCUCAGCCGACACAGAUGUACCAGUCACCCGACAUGAAGGGGUGGCCAUCAGGAACUAUAGCGAGGCCCGGCUCGUUCCCGCAGCAGUACAGCCACCAGGCCAAUCCCGGCACCUACAACAUGAUGCACAUGAACAGUAAUGGAAGCCACAUGGGGCAAAUGACCAUGAACUCCUUGCCCAUGUCGGGCAUGCCGAUGGCACCGGACCAGAAGUACUGCUGACGUCGCUCGGUCGCAAUGGAGGAAAAUGUGCACUAUAGAGGAUAAAUUUCUAUAAAAAAUAAAUAAAAAAAGUUCUAUUUCUGCAGCAAGUUACGUCUUGCUUUGGCCUUACCAAGGAGGACAUCAGCUCUUUUCUUCCUGUCUCGGAGGAGGGCCUGUCGGAAGAAAGCUGGGCCUGGACUUUGGGGCGUCGGGAACGUUUUGAUGUAGUACGUCCGCAGGACAGACAACGGUCGCCGGCUGUUUUGGUGCUCAGAGACACAAGAUGUGAAUCGGGUGGUAACAUUUUCAUUCAUAAGCUGGUCUGACAGCUUUAGGCAACUUGGGAAACUUUUUUAUUUUAUUUUUUUCUUGUUUCUUUAUCCCAAAGCACCUAAAAAAAAGAAAAAACAAUUUCUAAAGUGAAACCUUCAGAUUUAAAGUUUGCUUAUUUUUUACGUUGUGUUCAGAGUAGUAUUCCUAUAAAGCUUUGUGACUUUUUUGGCUCAAGUACAGUUUAGAUGAGAGAAUGUGUCGAUUAACUGUGUGCAGUAGUUUUGCACUUUACGACUGUUGAGAACCGCCUGGAAGUUUCCGGCUUCAUUGUCUGAGAACGAGAUUGCAAUAGCCCCGCCCUGAGAUUCCCCCCCCCCCCCUCCAUUCUGUAUAAAUAGCACGAGCAGGCAUUGAACUUGUCUAGCCCCUUCCCUUCACCACAGUGUAAACUUUUUGUAUAUAUGAUCUUUAUUAAUGUAUAUGAUUUUUUUUUUCUAGGUCAGUGUUCCUGGUUUUUAUUUUUUUCAGAGCUUUUAAAGCUGUAUAUUUAACCCCGUGUCUGCCAUGGGUGUACAGCAACUCCAUUCUAUGUUUUGGCAAUAGAUUGGCUAAUUCCUGCGGGGGGCCCAUUAUGACUUUGUAUCUAACAUUAGAAUUGCUCUCCUUCCUGUGUCUAAGAAAGCCAUGACCCUCAUAGUUUUUUUUGGAGAAUGUUUGUUUUAUUUCUUGGGGAGUACAUGGCUUGACUUUUAUGGAAGUUGGAUAUGGACUAAGAGAUGCCCCCAUUGCAGCUCCCUUAGCGUUACAUUAAGAGCUAAGAUUCCCUGUCCCUGCUCCAGCUCCCUUUUAGGGCCCAUUCACCUUAUCGCAUUGCGAUAAUGGAUGUUGCUGUGCUGCAUGCCCAUUUUUUGACUUACUGUGGUGUGUUGGGCAGCCGCUUUAAAUGAAUAGGCUGCCCUAACUUACGUCAAGUGCAUGUAAUGCACCACAGAGGACUGGGUUGGUGUAAAUGAGCCCUUAAUAAUGUUAGAAUUGCUCUCCUUCAUGAGUCUAAGGUAGCGAUGACCCACACUGUUUUUUUGAAGAAUGUUUUAUUUCUUGGGGAGUACAUGGCUUGACGUUUAUGGAUAUGGACUAAGAGACGCCCCCAUUACAGCCCCCUUAAAGCUACUAUAAGAGCUAAGAGUCCCUGCUCCCUUUUAGGGCCCAUUUACACUAUCGCAUUGCGAUAAUGUAUGUUGCAGAGCUGCAUGCCCAUUUUUUGACCUACUGUGGUGUGUUGGGCAUUGCCUUUAAAUGACUAGGCUGUCCUAACUUACAUCAGGUGCAUGUAAUGCACCACAGAGGACCGGGCUGGUGUAAAUGAACCCUUGGGGCCCUUUUAUGUUUUAGUUCAUGACGGUUAGCACAGAUGUUCUAAAAUGUUUUAUUAUAGCAAUAUCUGCGUGUUGUUAAAUCUCUGCUUUGUUCUAAGUUCAUUUGUUCUUGUUGCUUCAGUUUUUUCUGAAAACUUCUUCCUAAGCCUUCCUCAUCCAAAUCAAACAUUUAACAGAUUGGUCAUUUUUCUGAACUCUGUGGAUAAGUACAGAUAAUUCUUCAUGGAUAGAAAAGAAAGCAGAGUAUUAGAUGUUGCCUCCAAAUGCUGGACUCUAUGUAGAAAAGAAGAUGCCCGAGGUUUCUGCAUCCUCCUAAGUGGCAUCUUGUUGACAAGAGUCCUCACUUGUUUUAAGUAAUGAGAUUUCGGUAGAAGUUUAAGAAGGUUUUCGCCACGCCAAGCUUUGUGCGUAGUUCUCAGAACCUUGGCUGUACCAUGUGCCAGCUUCUAGGAGCUUGUCCUACUCGGCAAAGAUGGCAAGGCAGAAAACGAAGCUGCGCUCUGUAGGCAUCACACCAUUACAUUUAUUUAAUGUAUCUGGCUUCCAAAAUGAUCUCUCAAAGCCACGCCCUUUUGACGCAUUUCACCCCGAUGAAAGCGGGUAAAAAGCAUCAAGGGGUUGUGGCUUAGGGUGGGGAACAUGUCUCAAAUCUUACACUAAAGAAAAGCUAUAGUGUGGUGCCUACAGAGUGCUGCUUCGUUUUCUGUUUUCUAUCGGUGUGAUAUUAAUGUUGAGUACGCUGCCCUCUUAAAAUGAUAUUGACAAGUUGUACUUUCCCGAUUGGCAGUUAUAUUGCCACAAGGGCCCCUCUCCCCCAGUCCUAAGAUUGCUGUAUCUGGUGGCAAUUUUGAUUUCUGUUUUCCUCCCUCUAUCAAAUUGGACUGGUUAUAUUCUUAUUUCGAAAAUUCACCCCGCACUUCGGCCUUCUAAAAGUUGUGGCCGUUUAGUUUUGGACCUAGCAGCCAUUGGUGUUUAGGCGUGCCUGUAGCCCAUCGAGAGCAAGAACGAGAUGGGUGGCCAUGGCUGUAGGCCGUCUACAGGCAGGGAUGGCCAUGGCUGUAGGCCGUCUACAGGCAGCGAUGGCCAUGGCUGUAGGCCGUCUACAGGCAGCGAUGGCCAUGGCUGUAGGCCGUCUACAGGCAGCGAUGGCCAUGGCCGUAGGCCGUCUACAGCGCCAGCGAUGGCCAUGGCCGUAGGCCGUCUACAGCGCCAGCGAUGGCCAUGGCCGUAGGCCGUCUACAGCGCCAGCGAUGGCCAUGGCCGUAGGCCGUCUACAGCGCCAGCGAUGGCCGUAGGCAGUCUACAGCGCCAGGGAUGGCCAUGGCUGUAGGCAGUCUACAGCGCCAGGGAUGGCCAUGGCUGUAGGCCGUCUACAGCCCCAGGGAUGGCCAUGGCUGCAGGCC